AUUACGCUCCCAUAAAGCAGUCUGAAAAAAUAUCUACACACGUCGCUUCUACACACGUCGCUUCUACACGUCGCUUCUACACACGUCGCUUCUACACACGUCGCUUCUACACACGUCGCUUCUACACGUCGCUUCUACACACGUCGCUUCUAUACACGUCGCUUCUACACGUCGCUUCUACACACGUCGCUUCUAUGCACGUCGCUUCUAACAAAAAUGCCUUUUUCUAA